AUGAUGUUGUGUCAUCAGCUAGUGCUUGUCUUUGGACUCUCACUAGCUAGUGGGGUGUGUGCAUCUAGAAGCUGCUACUCAGAAGCCCAAGUCUCCAUAUAUUUUUCCUGCAACCUCACAGAUAUUCCACUUGUGCCGAAGGAUACGGUGAAGCUUUUCCUAACUUCCAACUAUAUCAUACGAGUGACUGAAACUUCGUUUCCACUGCUGGAGCACUUGUUGUUGUUGGAAUUUGGAACGCAGUUGGUCUAUCCCGUUACCAUAGGGAAAGCAGCUUUCAGGAACCUGCCAAACCUUCGUAUCUUAGAUUUGGGAUACAAUAGGAUUCUUCAACCAGAUCUUGAUGCUUUUGUGGGUUUGCCAAGUCUGACUGUACUCCGUCUGUUUGGGAACUACCUUGGAAAUUCCAUCCUUGAGGAGCGUUACUUUCAAGAUUUGAGAUCAUUAGAAGAAUUGGAUCUUUCAGGGAACAAAAUCACCAGACUUCAGCCUCAUCCAUUAUUUUAUAAUCUAACAGCCCUGAAAACUGUGAACCUGAAAUCCAACUACAUAUCCGACCUGUGUCAGAGCAAUCUUACCAGCUUCCGAGGAAAACAUUUUUUAUUGUUCAGCCUCAGUUCUAAUUUUUUGUACAAGGCAGAAAGUGUAGACUGGGCCAAAUGCCCAAAUCCUUUCAAAAAUAUUACAUUUAACUCACUAGACCUUAGCAAAAAUGGCUGGAGCACGGAGAGAGUCCAAUAUUUCUGUACAGCCAUUAAAGGGACUCAAAUCAGGUCUUUAAUAUUUAGCACUCAUAUAAUGGGUUCAGGAUUUGGCUUUCAAAACUUAAAAAAUCCAGAUAAUUAUACUUUUGCAGGACUAGAAAGAAGUGAUCUUAGUUCCCUUGAUAUUUCCGGGGGUUACAUUUUCUCUCUCAACCCUUUAGUCUUUCAAAGCCUUGGUAAUCUGGAAGUGCUGAACCUUUUCAAAAACAAGAUAAAUCAAAUCGAAAGGCAAGCAUUUUUUGGCUUGGGCAACCUAAAAAUCCUCAAUCUCUCAAGUAAUCUUUUAGGUGAGUUGUAUGAUCAUACUUUUGAGGGUCUACGCAGUGUAGCAUAUAUUGAUUUACAGCAGAAUCAUAUUGGAAUGAUUGGUGAAAAAUCAUUCCAUCACUUAGUAAGUCUGAAAAUAAUUGAUCUCCGAGACAAUGCCAUUAAAAAGCUCCCUUCCUUUCCACGUCUGACGUAUGCCUCUUUAGGUGACAAUAAGCUAAUGACUGUAGCUUACACAAGAAUAGAUACAGCAUACCUAGAUUUAGAAAGAAAUUGGUUGGCAAAUGUAGGUGACCUGUAUAUUCUUUUCCAAGUUCCAGAUCUGCAAUAUAUCUUCUUAAAACAGAAUCGGUUCUCUUACUGUGUGAAAAGUGAUAAUGCUAUACAAAAUAGUCAGUUAACCUAUAUGGAUCUGGGUGAAAAUAUGUUACAGCUUGUGUGGGAGAGAGACUUAUGUUUGGAUGUGUUUGGGGCACUGUCCAAACUCGAGGUUCUCCAUCUGAAUAACAACUACCUCAGUGCUCUUCCACAGGACAUUUUUAGAGGUCUAACAUCUCUAAAAACCCUUAAUCUGGCUUCCAAUCUGCUGUCUCAUCUUUCUCCUGGGCUUUUUCCGGAGAGCCUAAUGUACCUCAACUUAUCUGGAAACCAGCUGCUUUCCCCUGAGCCUGAAGUCUUUAUGACUUUGAAUAUUCUGGAUAUAACACAUAAUAAGUAUGUCUGUGAUUGCUCUUUAAAGAGCCUACUAGUGUGGCUAAAUGAAACCAAUGUAACCCUAGCUGGAUCCGAAUCUGACAGGUACUGUGCCUACCCACCUGAAUUUGCAGGGGUACCACUGUCGUAUCUGGAAUAUGAUGGUUGUGAUGAAGAUGAACUCCAGCAGGCACUCAGGUUCUCACUAUUCAUCUUCUUCUCUGUCACCUUUCUCAUGUUUCUGGUGUCAGCCAUCAUUUUUACUCGCUGUCGGGGGAUUUGUUUUAUCUGGUAUAAAACUAUCACCAAAAAAAUAAUAGCCAGCCAUCCACAAGUAACAAAUAAAUGUGAAUACAGAUAUGAUGCGUAUCUGUGCUACAGCAAAAAUGACUUUGAAUGGGUCCAGAAUGCUUUGCUAAAGCACCUGGAUUCACAGUAUUUGGAUAAAAACAGAUUUACCUUGUGUUUUGAGGAAAGAGACUUCUUGCCUGGGGAAGAACAUAUCAAUAAUAUUCGUGAUGCCAUUUGGAACAGCAGGAAAACAAUUUGUAUUGUGACCAGGCAGUUUCUCAAAGAUGGGUGGUGUGUGGAAGCCUUCAAUUUUGCCCAGAGCAGGUACUUCUCUGAUCUGAAAGAUGUCCUCAUAAUGGUAGUGGUUGGGUCACUUUCUCAAUAUCAACUGAUGAAACACAAACCAAUUCGAAACUUCUUACAAAGGAGUCGGUAUUUGCGGUGGCCUGAAGAUUAUCAAGAUGUAGACUGGUUUUUAAAUAACCUCUCAUCCCAAAUUCUGAAGGAGAAAAAGGUACAAAGGAAAGCCAAUGGUAUUGAGCUGCAGACUGUAGCAACCGUCUCACACUGACAGUGUGUGAGUUCCUGGCAAAUAUCCCAUUUCCAGCUGUGCCAUGGCAGGAGUAAACAGAAGUUUGGUUCAUCUUUCCUUGAAAAGACAGGCAGAAUGAUAACUGAUUCAGUAUAAAUCCUACAAAACAGAGAGACAGCUUGAAAGCACCGAGCAAAUAGACGAAAGUACUAUUAUUUUAUGGACUGUGACACAUAUUUUCAGAAGAAUUAAAUGAAUCAUAGAUACUCCACAUUUUGGAUGUUCAUCUUUAGACAAUUCAGUCCUGAUUUUCAGAGUACUACCUACUUCACAGGUCUGUUUCAGUUAGAGAAGGAUGCUCAUGGUUGUUUUUUUAAAAAGAGCCCAUGGAGUGACCAAAUAUGCUUUCAGGCACUGCCUGACCAUCAGUUCAUGGACUAUUUCUGUGCUUUCUGAACCUGUAACUUCUCAUGUUCCAUUUCAAAGUCGAAUCAUUGUUUCGCACCUUUAUGCUUUAAAUUGUUGUAACACAGAUUUCAUUUGCUUGUUUCCUACUCAAUUAUCCUCAGCUUCUCAACUGGAACAUACAAACUUUGGACUUCAUUUGUGCCCUUUUCCUUCACAACUUCUGUUGUCGUAGAGCUACAAUCACUGGUCUACUUCAUUUGCUGCUGUUUCAGCCUAGUGCUUUUCCAGUUGAGCUGCCUUCUGCCCUGCAGAGAGGAGCAGGCAUUCCCUUUGGAUCUGAAGCAAGCCUAGGCUUGAAAAGCAAACAAGAGACUACCUCAGGAGCCGUGCAGGCUGUACACCCGUGACAGGGCCAAUGGCCCAGUGACUGACAGACAGCACUGGCAUGCUGGGAUUGGGAAGUGCACUUUGUAAUUGUACUGUGUAAUUUGGGUUGUUCUCAGCACAUCCUGUGUCCUGAUCAAUUCUAAGGUGUUUUUCUGCUUCUACUGAAAUGUUUUUCUGGAGUCAUUAAUGCCUGGUAGUCUCUUACUUCUCUAAUUAUUUUACCACUGUUUGCUCAGGUAUCUGUCUUCAAGGAGUUGUUCAGGGUCAUUUUAAUAGAAGUCUGACUCAGUGUUCACUGAUACAGAACCUGCACCUAUUAUUUUGAUUGUGACGUACUCCUUGAGUGUACUGUUCAUCUCUGUACAUUUAUUCAACAAAAGCUUACCAAAAUACUUUCAGCAGGGCCUCAGUGGGGCUUUUUGCUGUAGUGAGGAGGCAGGAAUGGGAGGUUUUAUAAGUUAUCUGUCUUGACCUUAGCUGCAAACAAAUAAUACCAUCCUAACUGUUUUGAUAGAGAUGAAAUGUGAAUGCACUCAUUUGAAUAUACAUGUGCCUGUGGCUGAUCUGAUUUACUCUCAGCACACAAGUAUACAGGAUUUCUAUAGAUAAGAUUACUAUAAUUACUACAGUAUUUCUUCCCUCUCAAUCAGUGUAGUCACUCAGGAAGAGAAAAAUGGGUAAACCUUGGAAUAUUUUUCAGGGGGCAUGGGACAGGGGAUUGCAGAUCAAAGAAGGGAUGGACUGUGCUGGUGAAUCCCUGGGUGUCGCUGUUGGCUCAGGUAACAGCCCGGGUUUCCAGAACCCCUCCUGCCUCCCCGCUACUGCAGCUGCUGGCAGUGGGGGAAAAUGGUGCUGCAGAGCGAGGGCUAGGAAGUCACCAGCAGCCCUGGCUUCCCAGAGCCCCCCUGGGCGGUCAGAAAAGCCACCACAGGCAUUUCAGGAAUGAGUCUGUACAAUGAAGAUCAUCUGCAGCUCCGGGUUGUUUGUGGAUCUGUACGUGGUGUAAGAGUUGGGGAUUUUAAAAGCACCAUUAGAAAUUAUAUUUGAAUGAUUGUCACAAAACAUUUUUUGGUCAAGUGUUGAUUAAGAGCCCUCUCCAGCUACGACCUUACUGUAUACUUACAAGACACUCCUAUCACUUCAGGUAGUUAAAACCUACUUCUGCUAACCUCUGUAUGCAGGAAUGACAAGUACAUACAAUAGAUGUCUUUAAUUAUGGCUCUUUCAUUUGAGAUGCUUUUGUCUACCUCAUGCUUAUGCCACUGGUGGGAGGUGGGUACAUAAAGGUUGCAUUUACUUCAGUCUUCGGAAAGAUCUGUCAUUUUAUAGAAAGGUUUUAAUAAAACCUUUGCGUGAAAUUUCA